AUGCCGAGUCAACCUCAAUACAACGAUGAACAGAUCGAAAUGAUUAUACAGGCGCUGGAUGAGCUCGCAGCACGUAUCAGCGACCUCACUACUGAACAGCAAGAGACGAAGAGCAUGAUACAGGACAUGACACGGGUGUUUCUGGAUAAAUUCAAUAAUUGGGUCACCUCGGUCACGGACAUGCUCAGUCAAUGGUUGGGUCCAAGCAGUGGCAGCAAUUUUCAAAAUCCGGCAGUGCCGUGA